AUGGCCACAAAGAUGUCCAACACCAAGAUUCCCCAUUUACUCUACGCAGCCCUAAUUUACGUAAUCCUCAGCUUUAAUUUCACUGAAUCUGUCCCUGAAGGUGCACUGGUCACUCAGAUUCCCGGUUUUAAUGGCACUUUUCCUUCCAAACACUAUUCCGGGUAUGUGACCAUAGAUGAAGCUCAUGGGAAGAAACUGUUCUAUUACUUCGUUCUCUCUGAGAGAAAUUCCUCGACUGAUCCAGUGGUUCUCUGGCUCAAUGGCGGGCCCGGGUGCUCAAGCUUCGAUGGAUUUGUCUAUGAGCACGGGCCGUUCAAUUUUGAAACUGGAAACACAAUGGGAAGCCUUCCCAAACUGCAUCUCAAUCCAUACAGCUGGUCCAAGGUCUCCAACAUUAUAUAUUUGGACUCCCCCUCUGGUGUUGGAUUUUCCUACUCAGCAAAUGAAUCCGAUUAUGUUACUAGUGACCUGAAAACGGCUUCCGACUCACAUACAUUCCUCCUCAAGUGGUUCGAGUUAUACCCAGAGUUCCUCUCCAAUCCGUUUUUUAUUUCUGGGGAGUCAUAUGCUGGAAUAUAUGUGCCAACUCUGGCUCAUGAAGUUGUAAAAGGACUCGACGCCGGUGUGAGGCCCAUUCUGAACUUCAAGGGUUAUAUGGUGGGAAAUGGAGUUACCGACGAUGUGUUUGAUGGCAAUGCUCUUGUUCCCUUUGCACACGGGAUGGGCCUCAUUUCGGAUGAACUAUUUGAGGAAGCUACUGCAGAGUGUCGCGGAAACUUCUACAAUCCAGCAAGCGACAACUGUGAAAACAAGCUAGCGAAAGUUUAUGAUGACGUCAACGACCUUAACAUCUACAACAUACUAGAACCAUGCUAUCAUGGCACAAAAGCUUUAGAUACCAUACUUGGUAAUAUAAAGUUGCCAUCCAGCUUCAGGAAAUUAGGCGAGACUGAAAGACCCCUUCCCGUGAGGAAGAGAAUGUUUGGCCGUGCAUGGCCUUAUAAAGCUCCGGUAAGAGAUGGAAUCGUUCCAACUUGGCCACAAAUUCUCAACAGCGAAGAUGUCCCAUGUAUUGAUGACCAAGUUGCAUCUUUGUGGCUCAACACUGAAUCAAUUCGGAAAGCAAUUCAUGCCGAACAAGAAAGUGUGUGUGGAAGAUGGGACUUGUGCACCGGCAGGAUUCAAUUCACACAUGAUUCUGGAAGCAUGAUCAAGUACCACAAGAACCUGACUUCCCGGGGAUAUCGGGCGCUCAUAUAUAGUGGAGACCAUGAUAUGUGUGUUCCCUUCACUGGGACUGAAGCAUGGACUAGAUCAGUUGGAUAUAAGGUUGUGGAUGAAUGGAGGCCUUGGACUUCUCAUGGACAAAUUGCUGGAUACCUACAAGGAUAUGACAACAAUCUCACCUUCCUCACUGUCAAGGGAUCCGGACAUACUGUUCCAGAGUACAAACCACGGGAAGCGUUGGACUUUUAUAGCCUUUGGCUGGAGGGAAAAACAAUAUGAAAGAAUUUCACUGGCUUUUCAUUGAGAUGGGGAGGAGUGGAAAUAGUGUUAUUUGAUGUUUCCUAUUCUCCAAGGAUAUUUUGACCACGAAUAGGAAACAAUUAGUAAUUGAUAUACAGGCAAAAGUUAAUGGAUGAAAAGGUGGGAAUAACCAUGUGAUGUACCAAUUUUCCUGUAUUAAUGAAUGAACAGAGCUUAUUAUA